AUGGCGUUCGGCAAAGUUGGUGAGGGAGAGCCAAGCUACGAGCAAUUCGCCCAUCUGUACAACGUGACGAGGCGUGGACAUUUCGUGGUGAGGGUGCCGAGCUCGCAGAAGACGUGGCAUCAGCGCCGGGUGCUGGUUUUAGGAGCUUGGGAAUCGGCACCAGUGCUUACCUGCAUUGUAUAUAAUCUCAUUUUAGUGUCUUUGAAAUGGCCGACCGCAUCCAAGCGGGACAUUGGGAUGAUCGAGCACAUUCUGUCGAAGAUUGCCGAAGAAGAUCAUUUCUUCAAGACCCUGUUAGACUUUAGCAAUAUGUUCAAGGCGGGCUUGAUCAGCGAGCUUGAGUACGCCCGAAGGAAAAAGGAGAAAGAGGAAGAAGCGAGGACGAAUAUGGCUGGGGGUAGGGCGAUGACCGACACAACAAGGAGGCAGCUGGAGUCUCGAGCACCUCUACAGUAG